GCGUGCCGGGAAAUAGAGUCCCCCCACAGGAAGGGAGGUGUAUGCUGGGAAAUAGAGUCCCCCCACAGGAAGGGAGGUGUAUGCUGGGAAAUAGAGUCCCCACAGGAAGGGAGGUGUAUGCCGGGAAAUAGAGGCCCCCCACGGGAAGGAAGGUGUGUGCCGGGAAAUAGAGUCCCCCACGGGAAGGGAGGUGCGUGCCGGGAAAUAGAGUCCCCCACGGGAAGGGAGGUGCGUGCCGGGAAAUAGAGUCCCCCCACGGGAAGGGAGGUGCGUGCCGGGAAAUAGAGUCCCCCCCUUGGGAAGGGAGGUGCGUGCCGGGAAAUAGAGUCCCCCAGGACAGGAGGGAGGGCCUCCCCUGA